CCUGCUAGGACUACAUUUCCCAUCGCGCCACGCGCUUUUUCUUCCCCCUUUCCUUCCUUCCUGCAGUCUCGGCCCUUCUGCCGUGAAAAGGAGGCUGUGAAGUCUGGGCUGUCCGCCGUCACUGAGCCGAUCCUGAACCAGCUCGCAGGUACAGUGGAAUGGCAGCAGAGCGCCUGCUGACGGACCGGAGCCCGCGCUCAGCUGUCGUUCCGGGGUCUUGAACAGCUCGCUACCGCCGCUGGAGCCUCAGAGCCUGGAGGAGCCGCGGGUGGAGCUGCAGCCUGUCAGGCCGAGCCGAGCCGAGCUGCUGUCAUCUCCCGUCCGUUAAUGAUGCUCAGCAAGCUGCAGAACUGAAGUAUCGGCAACCCGAAAGCAGACCAGAGCAUUUUUCACUGCUCCCUCCCCCUCAGUGUCCCUGCAGGCUGCAGCAUGGAGCGUACCGGCAGCAUACAGCUGGACAUCCCAGACUUCAGUAACUCUGUUCUUUCUCACCUGAACCAGCUGCGUGUUCAAGGCCGUCUCUGUGACAUUGUGGUCAAUGUUCAGGGCCAAAGCUUUCGUGCACACAAGGUCGUACUAGCAGCCAGCUCGCCAUACUUUCGGGACCACAUGUCUUUGAGUCAGAUGAGCACUGUGUCACUGACAGUGAUCCGUAAUCCUUCAGUGUUCGAGCAACUGCUGUCCUUUUGCUACACGGGCCGUCUCUGCUUGCAGCUUGCAGACAUCAUCAGCUACCUGACAGCUGCCAGCUUCCUGCAGAUGCAGCACAUUAUUGACCGCUGCACCCAAAUUCUUGAGGGUAUCCACCUUAAGAUCAGUCUGGCUGACCUGGACGAAGAGUCCAGGGAUGAGGAGGGGGCACGGGGCUCCAGGAAUAGUAGGACAUUGGAGGCUGUGGUGCGAGGAGGGGGUCACAGUGGUCUGCGGCUGCUUGGCCCACGGGGAGGUGCAGAGCCAUGUGAAGCAGUCAGUCCAGCAGAAGAGCCACUUAGCCCAGUUCCAGCGGUGGAGCACAGUGGGCUAGAAGGGCCAGGGACCACCAGUGGAAGAGCAGGCAAAGAACCGAUACUACGCAUCAACCGAGCUGGUCAGUGGUAUGUGGAGACCAGCAGUGAACCAGAACGGACUGGCAGCGCUGAGGAGAGCAGCAUGGAUGGGAUCAGGAUAAAAACAGAGAGGAUGGAGGAAUGGAUUGGAACAGAAGAGCACCAGGAGGAGGGAGGGCCAGUGGAAGAGGGGGCCACGGUGAUGAUUGACACAUCAGGACGCAGUACACUGGUGACUGGACCAGUAGGAACGCUGGGGGCCCGUAGUAUCCAGCCAUCCUCCAGCUUCAGCGAGACAGACAGGUUUAGUCCCACUGGCAGCGUGGUCGUCCUCACAGAACGUCAGAGAGCAAAGAGCGAGUCUCCUAGCAGGGCAGAUGAGUUGCGACAGCCAAACUCACAGGGAGAGGAGCAUACAACGUUUGAUAUGGGCGGUUACGAGGACUACUUGAGGGAGCAGGUAGGAGAUCGCUGGUUCCGCUACAAUCCACGCCUCACCUGCAUCUACUGCUGCAAAUCCUUCAACCAGAAAGGGAGCCUAGACCGUCACAUGCGCCUACAUAUGGGUAUAACACCAUUUGUCUGCCGCAUCUGUGGGAAGAAGUACACCCGUAAAGACCAGCUGGAGUACCAUAUCCGCAAGCACACUGGCAACAAACCUUUCCACUGCCACGUUUGUGGGAAGAGCUUCCCCUUCCAGGCCAUCCUCAACCAGCAUUUCCGCAAGAACCACCCAGGCUGUGCACCCCAGGAAGCCCACAGCGCCUCUCCUGAGACUACCACCGCUUCAGUUACAUCCAGGGGUGGUCCCAGUGAUGAGGCCUCCCCUAGUCAGGAGGAAUCUGAAGGUGGAGGAGGUAAUAGUGCUGGAGGGCAAUAUGGAGAGGGUCCCCAAGCCUCUGUUUCUACAACAGGACCAGACUGACCCCAGUGAAGGAAGGAACAUGGGGUGGGGGGUGAGUGGGGCAGCAUGAUCCUGUUGUAACCAAAGCUAACAGGAUGUUAAACCCGCUGAAGUCAAAGGACCCCUCAGAGUCUGAAAUGAGAUUUAUCCGCUUUAAACCGCAUCUACCUUCACCUACUAAACCGAACAGAUUAAGCUAAAAUGAAGAAAUUCCACACACUCCAACAACCUCAUAUGCCACAAAGUUCAGUGGUUCUCGUUUGCCUCCGUCUAGUUUAUGUUACAGAUUUCUACUUUUAUAUUUACAGGUAUUACUGGUCCACAAUACAGCAUCACAACAGUAUGUCUGGUGGAGACUUUGCCAAACUACUCAGUGCCAGUUAAACAAUUCAAAUCCCUCAUAUUUGCCUUGAGACAAUCUGGAGCCGUUGGAUGAUGAUGAUGAUAAUAGUAGUAGUAAUAAUAAUCUUAUGCGUUCUAUAAGUGCCAUAAUGGCGUUAAAAGGUAUAGUUGCACAAAAAGGUUCAAUGAGAAACUUAAAACUAUUUAGCUGACGGUGCAUCCCAGUGUGAUUGGAGUUUCUGAUCUUUCCCCAUUUUCCUGCAUUUGGCACGAUUCAGGAUAGAUAAAGUUAUUACACUACACACUUUGACACUACGUACAUACCUCACUGUACAGCACAAAAAACUGCAGGCACAAUCUUCUGUUUCACAAUAUGACCAUCCAUCAAAAAUUGUAAAAUGUAAAAGACGAUGUAAGUGGACUGGUUCUCAUGUAGCGCUUUUCUACUCUGAGCACUCAAAGCGUUUUAUACAACUUGCCUCGUCCACGAAUUCACACAAACACUUUGCUGUGUGCUUUCUAUCUAACAGUCACACACAUUUAAGCGACUUGGGGUUAAUAUCUUGCCCGUGGAUAUUUGGAUUGGAGAUUAGAGCAGCCAUGGAUCGAACCACCGACCUUCCAUUUAGAGGGUGACUUGCUCUACCUCUUAAGUCAUAGCCACCCGUGUGUGCCCAAUGGAAGAAUUUGCAGGUGUAGAUGAAUAUAUACUUGGCCGAUAAAAAUCUGAAAAUGUUUAAUGUUAUUAUUUUUGAUCGAGAAUAGUCAAAAACCCAAAUACCUGCAUUUUAAAAGAGAGAAGAUUUGCCUUAGUCACUGUGAACUAAAUUUUUUUUUGGGGAGUAUUUUGGGGUUUUGAACUGCUGUAUACAAAGUUUUUAACUAUUAGUGCAUCUCACAAAAAUAGAAUAUGGAGAAAAAGUGUGGCUCUGCUAAGAUCCUAUUGAAGCUGCUCUGAUGCCAACUUCGUGUGGAUUUUUGGAUCAGGUUUUCACAUCUUCCUCGAAAAUACUCCAUGGAGUCUCUGUGGGGUUUAGGUCAUGUGAUUUGGCUUGACAGUUAAGUAGAGUAAUAGCGUUGUUGGCAACCAUGUGGUAGUAGUGGUGGAGCUGUAGUCAGGUCAGUCCUGUUGGCAAAGGAAAUUUGCACCGGCAUCGCUAGAUAGAAACAUGAAGCCGUCUUCCUGGAAGUUUAUCCUUUGACAUAUAAAACGUCUCCACUCAGCCGGCCUUUUCAGCAGUGACCUUCUGUGGCUUACCCUCCUUGUGGUGGAUAUUAAUGAUCGUCAUGUGGAGAGCUGUCAGGUCAGCAGUCUUCCCCAUGACUGUGAUUGUGUACUGAGACAGAUACUGUGGUUUGACUAGAAAUUUUCUAAAAUGAUAAAGACCUCAGUGCAGUAUCUCGGACAGUUUGAAAUACUCCAUUUCUAAUUUUCUUGAGCUAUAAGCAAACUUCAAAAAUGCUUGAAAAUAUUGACUUUGUGUGUAAUUAAUAUAGAAUAUAUGAAAAUCACCAUUGUGAAUGAAAUUGCCAAAAUAAUCACUUUUUCACUGUAAUUUUUGGAGAUGCAGUAGUAUAUCCCAUUGCCUUCGAAUGCAACAUAGGUCAUGUGACUUAUUUGUGUCACAUGAAAACUAUUACAUGCUUUCAUGUGACCCUGUGAUAAAGUCACAAGUUUGUAUGUAUGUAUGCACAAGUAUGGCCCUGAGAAUCGAAUGCGGACGGCUCCAUCAGCCUUCCGCUUCUCUGGAUGUACACGGGAUGUGUCGUAGAACAAAUAUUGAGAGGCAUUCUCACGCUUCAUGCAGGCAAAAUGGAUGGAAAAAUGUCUGUGGGGACUCCAGUCACACUGGGUUAAUGAAUUUGGCAUGAAUUGAAUAGAACUUCCUUACAAUAGUGUUUUUACUGUGGCAGUUGAACUCAGCUUCUACAGCAGGUUUUAGAUCACACUUGACCACCAACAAACUCACAGCAGGAAAACUGGACAUGGUCCAGCCUCAGAUAAGCUACACAGCUCAAUUACCUCUCAUCACUACGCAAUACAGCUGCAGCACAGCACCACCAGGAAGCGCUCUGCUCCACUCCCACAGAGAUCUCAGUCACUUUUCUCAGAUAUUUUUAUAAACAAACAUGUAUUUAUUGUUUUUCUUCAGUUUUCUUGGACACUUUCUUGCUCUGACAACGGGUGUGAUGGAAGACAGCUUGUUGUUUGAGGAGAACAAGAUAUUGGGAAGACCCGAUCAGUGUCUUGUGUGACAGUUAGUGACGCAUUUAAUCUACUGCACUUACCAACAAGCCUGAGGGAAAAAAAUCAGACUGAAACUAAGAGUGAAGAACAGGUGAAGCACAGGUAUUCAAGACACCGACACAGUAGAAAGGUCUGCUGAAGUGACUCCAAUUAUAGUCAGCACACCGAAGUCUAAUCAAAAUUUAUUGCCAUCGCUACUGUAAACACAGUGUACAGAGAGACGAGACGACAUGGCUCCAACAGCUGUAGUGCAACAAAAAACUACAAACAUGACUCGUAGAUUAAAAAACAAUAUAAAUGGGGAGAAAGUCUUAUAUAUAAGGGGGCCAGACCCCACUGACAUAGCUAAAAAAAUGCAUUAUUAUAAAAAAAAAAAAAACUCACCAUAAAGUGUCAGGAAAAGGGAAAUGAUCUCUUCGGGUCUCCUUUGGGAAUACCUCGCCUUAGAACAGGGGUGGGGAAACUCCAGGCCUCGAGGGCCGGUGUCCUGCAGGUUUUAGAUGUGUCCUUGAUCCAACACUGCUGAUUCAAAUGGCUAAAUUACCUCCUCAACAUGUCUUGAAGUUUGUUUGUUUUUUACCGGAUAGUAAAGAUCAUAAAAUAAUACAUUAAUAUGCUUGCCUUAUUUAACCUAUUAAAAAUAUUAGUUUUGUGAGUGCUCAACAAGUCCUUCUGUAACUUGUUGAGCACCACAGCACUGCCACAGAUGACCUCACCUUCACUCCUGAUGUCACAGACAUGAAACUGUGACAUUUCAGACACUGUUGAGGAUAAAUGUCUCAACAUUCAGAAAUGGAGUCUUCACAUAAAAAGGUAGACCACAAAAUAUAUACAUUUGAAUACAUAAACAGAACACGUUACCCGACCUUGGCUUCGUUUUUGUGUACGGAGUGCAGUAGAGGUAAUGCGUCACUGACUAGAUGGUUCUGAUCUGGAUGAACGUUGAUUGGAUAUUGACAAGCCAAACCCUGAUAGACCAGAUGGAUGUAGUGGCCAGGCCAUGGAGCUGAACUUCAGAAGCCUCCUGUGAUCAGAGUUGACCUGUUGGCGGGCGGGAGCAGGUCGGACUAUCUGGCAACCAAAGGAAAGAUGGCGUGGCCGUGUGGGCCCCUCAAAACGCCAAAACAACUAAACCUCUUAUCAAUGAGGGAGAACGAGAAGGUCACAAAGUUUUUGUAACAAGAGAACAAUAACAAAUCUACACACAUUAUAAGACAAAUGUAUUUAAACUACUAAGAUGUUUUUGUUUUGUUUUUUAAAUAUGAUUAAUGUAAACAAGCUAGGAGUAGGCAGGUAGCACACAGAUGGACUGUUACUGUUUUCUUCUACAGAGCUGUGAAACAGAUUCUCAGUGGAUGGUCAAUUUUUUUAUGCAAGUGAAGCCAGCGGCUCUGUCCUCAAUCGAGUGAUUGGAGAUUUUGUCCCAGAUGCCACUGCAGCCACUGCCGCUAGGCUCACACUUCAGGCUAACCAGGAUAUCAGGUAUACAAACUCUUUUCUUUUAUUCAAAGAAUUGGAUGUUUACCUUUCCCACGUAGCAGUAUGCUAACAGCUAAACCUCAGUGCAGUAUGCACGCUGCAGAAAUAAAACUUACCUGUAAACAAAAAAAAAAAAAGCAGCAGGGAAGGCAUCCUCACGAGUCGCCGUAGAGGUCGGCAAAACCAAGACUGGGAAAUAUGAAACAGAAAUGAGCAUGGUGACCUCAAGACCUCUUUCCACAGACUGUGUGGAUGUCUCCCACAGUCUGGGUCGGUGUUUAAGUAUGUGGUGAUCUUGCCUCUGACAGAUGUUUAAGUUUUGUCUGCUGUGUUGGGCUGGAACGUGACUUUGAGCAGGUGUUUUGAGAGAAAUCGCGACUUUUAGAAGCAACCAAAAGGGGCUGAAUACAAUGACUCGUGCAGGAAAUAUUGCAUAAAAUUAAGCAAACAUUAUUCAAUUAAGUUCCAUUCAACAGUCACCCCAAGGUGCUGUGUAUUGUACCCUACAGAAUAAAGGGGAAAAGCACAUUUAUAAAAUAUUUCAUGUUCCAUAAAGUGACAAUCAAAUGAUUUUAGCUGCUAAUUAAUAAUCAAAUUCUUUGAACAAAUUCCCCUAAAUGGACAUUACUUUUGGAAGGUAUUUAGUAUUUCAACAUGGCUCCAUCACAUUCAAAUCAGGAGCUGAUUAAAAACUUUUUAAAACCUGCUGUGAUUAUACAGAUUAAACAGUGCAACGUGCUGGGAGGUAUGUGACAUGACAAAGAGCAGCUCAAGUCAUUUGCCUGAACCCGCAUCUAGCAGCAGCCAACACGUGACUUUACAGUACAUUUGUGUAUUCGUGUUAUUUCCUGCAUCAUUUUUUUCAGGUCAAAUGUAUCCAUUUUAUUGUAGUCUUAACAUGUUAUGUUAGCAAAAUAAUGUUCGUCUCAAUUUCAAUUCAGUUUAUACAGCGCCGAAUCACAACAACAGUCUCCUCAAGGCGCUUUAUAUUGUAAGGUAGACCCAACAGUAAUCCAUACUCAGUAGGUAUUAUAGCAGUUGAGGACUUUUAAGUGUGGAACUCUUUAGUUUUGUUGAUAUAAGGC